AUGGAGCAUCCCGAUACACUAAGAAGCAUGGCCAACCUAGCGUCGACAUUCUGGGAUCACGGCCGAUGGGAGUAUGCGGAGCAGCUUGAGGUGCUAGUCUUACAGACUCGUAAGAUGAAGCUCGGCACUCAACACCCCUCCACAUUGAGAAGUAUGGCCAACCUAGCGUUGACAUUCUCGAGUCAGGGUCGAUGGGAACAUGCAGAGCAGCUUCAGGUGCAGGUCCUGGAGACUCGCAAGACGAAGCUCGGCGCGGACCAUCCGGACACGCUGACGAGCAUGGCUAAUCUUGCGUUCACCUGGAAAUCUUCAGGUCGCAAUGCCAAAGCCAUCGAAUUACUACGGUCCUGUUCAGCCAAGCAGGAACAAAUACUUGGGCUGGAUCACCCGGACACUUUAUCUAGUUCUGGAACAUUGCUGGAAUGGGGAACGAAGGCUCUGGAUGUCAAUGCAUAA